GGCAUUAGAGAAAGAGAUUGGUCCAGAACAGUUUCCAGUCAACGAGCACUAUUUUGGAUUAGUCAAUAGCUUUUUGACAACUACAUGCAACAAGAUGCCCAUGAAUUCUUAAAUUACCUACUAAACACAAUUGCUGAUAUCUUACAAGAAGAGAGAAAGCAAGAAAAACAAAAUGGCCGCUUACCUAAUGGUAAUAUUGACAGUGAAAAUAACAACAGCACACCAGACCCAACGUGGGUUCACGAGAUUUUUCAGGGAACAUUAACUAAUGAAACCAGAUGUCUUACUUGUGAAACUAUAAGCAGCAAAGAUGAAGAUUUUUUAGAUCUUUCUGUUGAUGUGGAACAAAACACAUCAAUUACUCACUGUUUAAGAGGUUUUAGCAACACAGAAACACUCUGCAGUGAAUAUAAAUAUUACUGUGAAGAGUGUCGCAGCAAGCAGGAAGCACACAAACGGAUGAAAGUUAAGAAACUGCCCAUGAUUCUAGCUCUCCACCUGAAGAGAUUUAAGUACAUGGAUCAACUUCAUCGAUAUACGAAACUUUCAUACCGGGUAGUUUUUCCUUUAGAACUCCGUCUAUUUAACACUUCUGGAGAUGCAACCAAUCCUGACAGAAUGUAUGACCUUGUUGCUGUUGUGGUUCACUGUGGAAGUGGUCCCAAUCGUGGCCAUUAUAUCGCAAUAGUUAAGAGUCAUGAUUUUUGGUUGUUGUUCGAUGAUGACAUUGUAGAAAAAAUAGAUGCACAAGCUAUUGAAGAAUUCUACGGGUUGACAUCAGAUAUCUCAAAGAACUCUGAGUCUGGUUACAUCCUUUUCUAUCAGUCUCGGGACUGAGGGAGAACCGUGAUGAAGAGAUACUUCCUGCCUCAUUUCUUCUCUGGUUAUUAUGGAAAGGAUCAAGCACUGAUUUCUCGUGAAAAGAGACAUGCAGGAAGCUCAGGGGGCAGUAGCACACUUUGCACACAAUAAAGCAAAGACUAUGGAUUAAGGAGCCCUUCCUAUCAUGGUAGUUGAUUUAUUUGCUCAGGUAUCAUGCUGUCUGUGCAGUUCCAUUCAAGGAAAUGAAAUCAGAUACCAGCUCCUCUUGUUAUUGGCACGCAUUUUCUCUUUAUUAAUUGCACCAAUAAUGAUUUGAAUUCCUUGGGAGGGCAGUAAAACGAAUUGGAAUCUGUGCUAGUUGAUUGACAAUGGAAGGAGAUGAUGCCGAACACACUGCAUAUAUGUUGCCCGUGUUCAGUAUGUAUAAAGGCAUAUUCAGUGGUCUUUUCAAGCAUAAACCAGAAGUACUUUUGGGCCCAACACUUACAGUUGCCUUCCUGAUGUUUUAAAACACACACACACACACACAACUAACAAAUACUAGAAUCCAGUGUCAGGAAGACAAAUAUGUUUUGCUUCUCUGAAGAAGCUUAUAAUAAUAUACAGUAUAUGUAUAUGUAGGGAACAAUUGGUCAAAAGUGGCUUUUUGUUUCCCCAAGGGGAAAGACUGGCUUUGUAAUUAUAAUUUUUUCCUUAUUUAUUUUACUUAAAACUGGUAGAGUCUAAGUAUUGUAUGAAGUGCCCAUGAUUUUGUCAGUAAAUUUUAGCAUAUUUUUAGUAGUUUCGUUGGCUUAAGUGGUCCUUUUGUUUUGUUUCUCUUUUUAAGGUAGAUUUUUAAUUCUAUCUGAAAUCACUAAGAUAACCAUGAAAAAAAUUGCAAUGAGAGGAGGUAAAUAUUGUUUUUUCAGGAGGAACUGAUAUCUCUGGCUAAGUAGUAUUUCUUUUGUCAUAUCAUAGUUUAAAAAUUCAGAUAUUUUUAUUCAGCUUUAAUUUCAGUAAAAUGAAAAAAAAUUAAAAUUCCCUGUAAUUGUUGGAAUGAUAAAAGAAAUUCUGGUACAGUGGUAGCAUACCAUCUUUAGAAUUCUUAAGUACUCUAAUGUUCAAGUUGAACCAUGCUUGGAAAAUUAAUGUCAUUGCAGUUAUAUUAUUUCAAAUGUCUUUACAUUUUACCUUGGAAAAGAAGUCAUGUAUACAUCAUAACCCUUACAGCCCAGGUAGUAGCUAAAAGCCUUUUGAAGAUAACAUUUUGAUGAAGUAGACCAGACAUCCAAAACAGAAGGGUGUUGAGAAAUUGCAAUUCAUGUUUAGGACUUUAUUUUGUUGAGGAUUUGAAGAAAUAAUAUAUGUAAUGAGAGACACAUGUAAAGCAUUGUAGUUGACAUUUUCUUGUGCACCAGUAAAGUGGUCUGACUGUGGCCAAGUGUAACUCAUAGAAAGUAACUGAAAAAUCAUUUUUUAAAAAGUAGCAAUCAGGUAUCCUAUCAGACUUUUUGCAGUAAUUCUUUUUUUGUUAAUUCUCUAAAGGUAUUUUGCUAAAACUACGUACUAUGGAAAACAAAAAGAAUGUGUUUUUUGUGCUGCUAUUAUUAACAUUUAUUAUCUGUAUCUUUUAGCUCAGGAAAUGACUUCACCUAUUUGUUCUAUAACCAGAUCUUUAACAGGGUCACUAGCUCAUUGGGCUGCUUAGCCAGAUGUCCUGGGAGAAAAUUAUGAUAUUUCAACCAAUUUCUUCUUAAAAGAGAGUUCUUAAGCCUCGCCCUGGCUGGAGUUGUUUUGUACAAAUCAUACACGGCUUGCCUGAUCUCCCAGCAGCAUUGACUCAUAACAAGAGAAUCACAACCAAGAACGUGGGGAGUGGGGGCAGUGACUUGCUUGGCCUGAAGCAGAUGUCUCAUAGUUUCGAGCUGUGUCCCUGCAGCUGUACAUGCAGAGCAAAAAGGUAAAGAGAGGCAGAGUCAGGCUGUGACAUGUGUAAGAAACAUAGAUGAAGUCAUUGGCAUAAAGGUACAGGAUAGAAAUACUGUGUUGUGUUUAUUUGUACAUUUUUGCAUUUUAAAAAAUCAUUCAGAAAAGACCAAGUUAGAUGUCAUAUUGGGGCAGGUUCUACCUAGCAUUGGUAUGGAGUUCCAUGGUGUUUGCCCUGUGCUCGCCCACACUGUUUCACAGUAAGACUCAUCAGGGGAGGGGACAAUGGGGUGAUGGUUUUAAAUUGACUUUUUACUCUUAGUGAUGGUGGAUCUAAGUAAAACACUUUGAAUUUUAUCAGAAACUCAGUAUAGUUUUAAAACAUACAGGGUUGGGGUUAGGGGGGGUGGGGUGGGAAUAUACAGGUAUAUAGUAAGUAAGAUCAGUGGCCCACACAGAGAGCAUUCCCUGGGUUGGGCUGUGAUCAAGUGAGUGGCAGGUUCAGGUUGUAAAUGAGGCUGAUUGCUGUAUAACUAUGUACAUGUUUGUUGGGAUAGCGGUCCCAUAUUUUGUAUAUUGGAAUAAGAGUUUCUAUGAAUUAUCGUUAACUAAAAGUAAAUAUUCUAAAAAUAAUUAUGUCCUGCUUCUAAGUCACAUGGCUUCUGUCUUGGAAAUUUUACCUGUAGAUUAUUUGACAGGGGUCAGGAGGCUUUAGGAAAGGGAAGAAAGGAAAUGUUCUCUAUGGGUCUUGUGGCCUCAACCAUCAGUAUAGGGUUUUGUUUUUUUUUCUUUCCUUGGUGGCAGAAAGGCUUCAUUUUCAUAACAUACUACUCUUGACACUUUCUUUAAAGAUACUUUUCAUUGAAGAUUCUCUCAUGAGGUAUUUGGCUGGGAGCUGGGAGGCUAAGGCGCUUGAGUCCUGGCUCUUCAGUGAACUUAACUGUGUGACCUUGGGCAAGUCACUUAACCUCUCUGUGCUUCAGUCUCCCUGUCUUGUAAAAUGGGAGUAAUACCUACCUCACAGGGUUGUUGUGGGGAUCAAUUAGAGGUAAUGUCUGUAAAGCAUUUAAGAUUCUUGAAGAAGGCGCUAUAUAAAUACGAAAUAAUAUCUAUUAAAGUUGGUUUAUUUGUGCUUG